AACACACAAAAGAACCUGAAAAUAUUGCAAAUUUCCUGUUUAUAUAUGUACAAUAUGUCUGUCCCUCUGCAGCAGAUGUGUGGAAAGGGUGUGCUUUGAUCCACAUCAGAUUAAGUUUCUUUCUUUUCCUAUUUUUACUGUCAAUUUACUCAGCGUCUGUAGUUACAGUUACAAAUGUUAGUAGGCAUAUGAAAAAUGCUUGUUUUUUGAAUGUGCUGUUCUUGACUAGUGUCUGCAGGGAAUUUCUUGCAGACUUAAUCAAGCUCCAAUGACCUCAAUCAAUAAGAAUCAGGGGCAGUUUUCACGUUUGGGAAGAGUAAAUUUGCUGACAACGUCCCCAGUAAAUUCUGGCUCAAAAAUGACGUCCCCUCAAAGAUCGCCUGCGGAGACGAGCACACCGCCUUAAUAACAGAAAACGGGAAACUCUUCAUGUUCGGCAGCAACAACUGGGGCCAGCUCGGUCUGGGCUCCAAAGUGACUGUGAACAAGCCGACUUGUGUCAAAGCUCUUAAAUCAGAGAAAGUUCAUCUGGUGGCUUGUGGGAGAAACCACACGCUCAUCUGCACAGCUCAGGGAAAAGUGUUUGCGUCUGGCGGGAACAGUGAAGGUCAGCUGGGCCUCGGAGACUGUGAUGAGAGGACGUCGUUCCAGAGGAUCCAGAUGUUUGAUUCUCACGGACCAAUCAAAAUGCUCGCUGCUGGGUCCAACACCUCCGCUGCUCUCACAGAAAGCGGUAAACUGUUCAUGUGGGGCGACAACACGGAGGGUCAGAUCGGUCUGGGGAAGGAGAGCCACGCCUCCUCGCCACAGGAAGUCAGCGUGGGUCGACCGAUCGGCUGGGUGUCGUGUGGAUACUACCACUCUGCCUUAGUGACCGUCGACGGAGCUCUGUACACGUUCGGUGAGCGUGACAGCGGUAAACUGGGCCUCGGAACCGACCAGCUGCCCCGACACCGAGUCCCUCAGCUGGUGAAGACCAUCAAGGAGCCCGUGGUGCAGGUGGCCUGCGGCGGGGGACACACGGUGGCACUCACAGAGGACGACGUCUUCACGUUUGGUCUCGGUCAGUUCGGUCAGCUCGGUCACGGGACGUUCAUCUUCGAGUCGCGGCUGCCGCGACCCGUCGAACACUUCAAGAGGGGCCGAGUGUGUCAGGUGACCUGUGGAGAAAACCACACGGCUGUCAUCACAGACGGCGGUCUGCUGUACACGUUUGGAGACGGUCGUCACGGUAAACUGGGACUGGGAGAAGAAAACUUCACCAACCAGUUCAAACCGACUUUGUGUCCGCGUUUCCUCAAAUACAUCGUUCAGGCAGCUCCGUGCGGCGGCUGUCACAUGGUGGUGUUGGCCCGGCCGAGGGAUCCAAACAGCGCCAACAUGACUCUGGAAGAAGGCGACGUGACGGAAGACUUCCUGGAGAAGCCGUACGUGGAGCUGCUGGGGGACACGGCCGACUCCUCCAGCCUGCAGAGGAGCCUCUCAGCUCGGGUUCGCAGGAGGGAGCGGGAGAGAUCUCCGGACCAGUUCGGCGCCAUGUUCCGCACGCUGCCCGCCAUGAUGCCCGGCUACCUCCACCCGCAGCUGCCCGUCUCCAGCCACACCGUCCCGCCCAGACUGCCUCCACCCGAGCUGACCCACAGAAAGGUGCUGAACGGCACUCACCAACACGGGAGCGCAGGGUCAAACCACCAGGGUGAGGCCGACAGCGUUGUGGAGAGCCUGACUGACACCGACAGCGUUAGAGGACUCGGAGAAACCACAGACUUCCUCAACAUGACGCAUGUGAUGAAGAUGGACCCCAGUGAUAAAUCACUCACUCUGUCUCCAGUUCAGAAGGAUUUGACAGAAUUUGGUCAGACGUGGAGAAAAAGUGAAGAGGACGGAGAAGAGGAAGAUGAUGAAGAAGAGGUGGAGGAAGAGUUGGAGGAGGAGGAUGAGGAGGAGCAGGAGGAUACGUCAGCUGAGACGGAGGGGACGCCCUCUAGUUUGGACGAGUCAACAGAGAAACCAUCAGAGACUCAGAGUCCUAAGCCUGAAGAGCUGAAAGAAGAAUCCGUACCUGACGGAGAGCAGAAAGCAGCUGAAAUCAGCGAGCAGCCCGACAGCACCGGUGAAGAGAAGAUGGACGACGGAACCAAACCAGCCAAUGGGACGACAGACGGGGGCGCUAAGAGCCAAUCAGGCUCCAACAAGAAGCUCUCUCUCUUCAGACGGCUGUCCUUCACCAGAUCCAAGACGACCAGCGACAGGGACCAGACCCCGGCGGAGGCCGCCGUCCAGGGAGAGCCUCCUCCCUCCGACCCAGAGACCAACAGAGGAGCAGCCCAACCGAGGUCUCUACCUUCCGGAGCCCGAGGGCCUCGCUCUGGAGCCUGCACAGUGCUGUGAUCCCUCAAGUAAACUCUCAGGUGGCUUCAGUCAUCGUGAAAACGACCAAAGUGUGAAAAGGUUCAUUAGCAGCGAGGCGGAGACAAACUUAAAGCAGUCCUGUGGAGUUUUGUUCUAAAAACAUCCAGAAACAAAUGAAUAUAAAACUCUUAAAAUGGCACUAAAACAUGCUGGAAUCACUUUACUUCACGUUCUGACUGCAGAGAUGCAGGUUCUGCCUGUGGACAUUAAAAAAUGAAUCAGGAGAUCGUUUAUUAGUGAGCUCGACAGCUUUAUGAACAAUUAUCCAAUCAUGGAAAUUCAACACGAUCAACUGAUCUCGAGCACAUUUUAUCUGGAUCUCACAUCGUCCUGUUGGUAUCAUGAAGUCUAACCGAUGUGUCGAGAGCAUUUCAUCCAUCAUAAAACAUGUAUAUAGUUGAUUUUUAAGUAUUUUAAAUACAAUGUUGUUUUCAUCCAUGUUAGCGAGCCUGCAGGUCUAAAGCUCCACAGGGAACCUUUAACUGUGUCUCAACAGUUCCCCUCGGGGAUGAAGGUGUUUCCUUAUAGAUCUGUGGUGAGCAGGAUCCUCCAGCUCCUCUGGACCGGACCAGAAUCACUCGUCGAGUCAGGCUGAAGCACAGAGUGAAGCCACAGCAGAGAUGAGCUGUGACAGAUUCACGUCUUCACUUGUUCUUCCGACAGAGCUGCAGCGAGCCCUUCCGCUCCUGAGCCAGCGGUAUGAACGUGACCAGUGCUCCCAGUCGCCACAGCUAGCUGCACAGCUAACUGAGCUAACAGAGCUAACUGCAGCUACAGUCUGAAUUCGUCCUGUGGCUGAUUCUCACAUAUUGCAACUUUGGUUUCCUUGUAAUGAUGUCAUCAGAGACGAGCCAGGUGAUGAUUUCUGUGAAUUUAACACGUUUGCCUCCAUCUUUAAUCAACCACUACACUUUAAACCACUGUCCAAUCACAAGUGACCUACAGCUGAGCCUCCUCCUCCACCUGUAUGACCAGCAGCACCUUGUUGCUGGGUGUUUGUUUUUAACUCUGCGCGGCACAUUUUCUACCCAGAAGCUGAGCCUGGAGGUGUGUGUGUGUGUGUGUGUGUGUGUGUGUGUGUGUGUGUGUUAAACUAUGAGGAUGUAAAUACUCUUAUUUAUUGUGACCUGGCCUUUGAGCACAUUUUGCACUUUGGAUGUGAUCUGUACGCAUCAGUUUUAUAUUCUGACAUGAUAAUCUCAUUUAACAGUUUUUUAUCGUUUGGAUUUUUGUGAUAUCAGUAAAGAUUUUUUAUAUGAAA